AUGUCAGUAGCUCAUGGUAACGCGUCCGAUAAUGCGAGGAAAACAGGGUUCUUUGAGGAUAGCACCGAUAGCGAUAAUGACGCGGAAAGAAAAGCCCUCCUCAGGAGGGUAUCGACGAGCAAAUGCGUCGGCAGAUUGCCUAUUGUCAAGGAGGGUUAUCUGAUGAAGCAGACGCGCAGCUUCCAGCGAUGGCAGCGCCGCUAUUUCCGGCUCCGCGGCAGGACUCUGUACUACGCCAAGGAGAAGGACAGUCAACUGUGGGACGAAUUCGAGCUAGAGGACGCAACGUUUGCCGAGUGUGGCAACACCAACACGAACAACGGAUUUGAGGUGAUAACUGCGAGCCGUUGUCUGGUCCUCUGCGCCGACACUCGGAGCGAGAUGGAGUCCUGGGCUGAUGCAGUCCGUGGCGCUCUCCACCGGGGUGCUGACGUCGCUGACCUCGUCGCGAGGCUGUCCUCCGGAGACCAUCACUGGUACGCAGCAACGCACGCGCGUCCUACGUUCUGCAACGUUUGCAGGGAGCCACUCGGCGCCCUGGGGACCGCUCACGCGCUCGCCUGCGAGCUUUGCAAGUUUAAAGCGCACAAGAGAUGCGCUUCCAGAGCGCCGCCGUCCUGCAAGUGGAGCACGCUGGCGUCACUCGGCCCGCACCUCGUCGAAGACGCUGACGGGAGCAUAAUAAUGCCGCACCAGUGGCUAGAAGGGAACCUACCGGUUGCUGCCAAAUGUGAUGUCUGUGAUAAAACCUGCGGAUCAGUGCUUAGGCUUCAAGACUUCAGAUGCGUCUGGUGCCGGAAAUGUGUCCACGCUGCCUGCAAGCCUGGCUGGAGAGCGCCCUGUGCCCUGGGACCAGCGAGAGCGUCAGUGGUACCACCGACUCGUCUGCAUUCGGUCGGACCUGACGACGCAUGGGUACCGGAUCGUCCGCCUAACGCCUCGCCGCUCAUUGUAUUCGUUAACUCUAGAUCAGGCGACAACCAGGGCGUGAAAUUCCUCCGUCGCUUCAAGCAGCUGCUGAACCCAGCGCAAGUCUUUGAACUGAGCGGCGCCGGUCCCAGAAUGGGGCUCAGACUGUUCAGGCAUUUCGCUCCGAUCAGGGUGCUCGUGUGUUCUGGUGACGGCUCAGUGGGCUGGGUACUCCAGGAAGUCGACAAGCUGGAGAUGCACAAACAAGUUCAAACUGCGGUUCUGCCCCUGGGCACCGGCAACGACCUAGCUCGGGUCCUCGGCUGGGGCGCCUCGUGCGAUGACGCCGCCAACCUGCAGCAGCUCAUCGAGAGAUACGAACGCGCGUCCACUAAAAUGCUGGACAGGUGGUCGAUAAUGACUUUUGAGCGUUCAUUAUCAGCGCCGCCUCCUCCACCAGUACCACCGGACCUGCUGGAGGAAUCCGCGCUCCUAAAAAACUUGCACGACAUCAUGCAGCCAGGUGAAGUGAGUUGCCUGGCGAGCUCGUCCCUACGGGCGGGGUGCGUGCGGCUGGCGGCGGCCGGGGAGAGGGCGGGGGGAGGCGCGGCGCGGGCGGCGCACCGCCUCAAGCGUGCCGUCUCGCUGCUACUCCACGCGCGGGCGCAUCUCGCUCACGACCACGGACGAUGCAAAUUAUGGGAGCCCUUGGAGACGACAAGCGACAGCGAACCUGAGACCCAACCGCUCGCCGAAAAGGGCAGCAUUGAUAAGACUGAAAAAGAGCAGUUGAACUGGGCCGCGCGUGGGUGUGCACUGGCGGGUCGCGCGGACAGUGUGCGGAAGGCGUUGCGGUCACUGGUGAGGACCCUGUCCCUAAUAUAUCCCCAGGGCGUUGGACCACCUGAGGCGGACUCCUGUGAUACGUGCGAGAGUUCGUCGGGCGCGACGGGCGUGGCGGCGGUGGAGGCGGCUGCGGCGGUCCCGACGGACAUCCCGGUGGCGUCACUGUCAUUGCCAGUGCCACGCGCCUUCGCCGACUCUCGCCGUUCAUCUGCCGCUUCGGCUAUAUCUGCCGUUUCUAUGCAACCUGACAACAUUCCAGACGUAGAUGAAGACAUAGUAAAAUUAAUAAGCUCAAAUCCAUCAGAUUCAUUCAAUUUGGAAGUUGAGAAACCGGACCGUAAUAAAACCAGCUCCGCUUCACCCCAGGACCUGCUGUCGCUGUCUAACCUCUCCUCAUGCGACACCAGCUCGUGUCGGAACCUCUUCCGGCCAGACGAUCGUACGUUUGAUAACAGCAGCCUCACGAUACCCAAUCUAGUGAUUUCCGAUGACAGUGAUAAACGAGAUUCGAUCAUACAAGGAGACACAUAUGAAUCGGAACAAUUGACCAUCAUAGACAUUGAUAAGCCGUACACAGACGAGAUACAUUUUCAAGAGCUGAGCGCCCGAGUGAGUCCCGCCAGCGGCGAGUGCUCUCCCGACAGGCGCCUCUCUAGUGUCGACCUCGAAAUAGAAGGGAGCAGCUCCGAAGGAUCCAACAUCAGUGAUGACUUCAGCUUAAUGUCCGAGAUUAUAGACAUAAAGCCGGGCGAUAUAGACGAAGCCGGAUGCAUAGGACAUAUCGACUCGCCUGAAGCAUCCGAAACCACAUAUGUCAACUCGGAGACGCUACACGGAGAAUCUAUCAUGGACGACAUCAGUUCGAUGCUGGGACAAGAAGUGCUAAUGGCUAUGAUGGGAAAGAACGGUGACAAUGAAACGUAUACAGACGAUACAACCCUUUUCACUUCAGACACCGUCUCUGACAUAGUUAUGGACAGCAGAAACCCCAGCCUCGAGAAGAAUGAAGGCAAAAACAAAUACAUAUCUAAAAUAAAGAAGAAAGAGGGAGAAGUAGAGAAAUUCGGCUUCGAAAAUAGAGUAUUCUACAUUGAAAACGUUGCGAAAGUAGAAGAUCAAAUCAAGUACUGCAGCUUGGCGCAGUUUGAAGAGGGCAGCGAUAUAGCCAGGAAGUCAUUCAAGAAACAACUCAGGAAGAGCUUAAAAAAGCGCGCGCCUGAUGAUUCGAGCCUCAAAGGCUUGUUUCCGAAAACGGCCGAAGAGAAUCUCAGGGUCGACGACACUCCUAAACUUGAACCGAAAAAGGAGAAGGCCAGUUUGGAUAUACCAUCCUUUCCCCAAGUCAGCGUAGUCGUGGAACCUCCGUCGCCUUCGCACAGUGAAGACAAGAAAAGCAUCAAGACAUGCGUCAGUCGGAUGGCAUCGGUUUUGAGCGACAUUUUCGACCAAGCUACCGACACUUUAAGCGUAAAUUCGCCUGAGCCUAGCAUAGGAGUCGCGCGGGAAAGGAGACAGUCCGACAACCCGAAAUUACUCAGCUCGGAUCCGGAGUAUGGAAAAUUCUUAAGCUGUUCACCGGCAGCUACCAGACGGAUAUCCUGCGGGAGUCUCUACAAGCCAGGGGAACCGGACAAGCUUUCGACAUCCGUAUCCUCAAUAUGGGGCGAGAGUGGUGCCACAGCGAACACGGGCAGCUCCUCAAAAUCGGAAAGCUGCGAAAAGGCCAGGAAAUUGCCCAUCAUCAAUCCCCUGGUACAGCUACCGGCUUGGCCACACGUUACCCAGGGCUUCAUCAGUCAGUGUCUGCUCGCAAACGCGGAUGCCCUUUGCGCGGCGGUGAGUCCCCUCAUGGACCCCGACGAGACGUUGCUGGAGGGUUUCUAUGAAAGAGCCGUCAUGAAUAAUUACUUUGGAAUCGGUAUUGAUGCAAAAAUAACCCUGGACUUCCAUAAUAAGCGGGAAGAGCAUCCGGAGAAGUGCAGGUCAAGAGCCAGGAACUACAUGUGGUACGGCGUUUUGGGAUCGAAGGAAUGGGUCAACAGAACGUACAGGCACUUAGGUCAAAGGGUCCAGUUGGAGUGCGACGGUCAGAGGAUACCCCUCCCGGAGCUGCAGGGAAUCGUCGUUCUGAACAUACCCUCCUUCAUGGGCGGGACGAACUUCUGGGGCGGCACCAGAGCGGAUGACAUAUUCCUCGCGCCAUCAUUCGACGAUAGAAUACUUGAAGUGGUGGCAGUUUUCGGUUCAGCCCAAAUGGCAGCUUCGCGUCUGAUCAACCUUCAGAAACACCGCAUCGCCCAGUGCCGGGCCGUUCAGAUUAACAUUCUCGGUGAAGAGUGCGUACCGGUCCAAGUGGACGGUGAGGCCUGGCUCCAGCCCCCGGGGUGCGUCAGAAUCAUACACAAGAACCGGGCGCAGAUGCUGUGUCGAUCCAGAGCCUUGGAGACCAGCCUACGGACAUGGGAUGAGAAGCAACAGUUGAAGGCCAACGCCUUGGCCGGCUCUGGUACUAAUGUCAACGCGAAUGCUUCCACCAGCGGCCGCGACGUCCUACUGGCUGCCGAGAGCGCUCAACUCUUGGCUCUACUUGAUGACAUCAACACCCUCGUCAAACACGUAAAGUUGUCCUGUAUCAGCGAGAGCGCGGUGUCGGGCGGCGUGUGCAGCGCGGUGUCCAUUGCGCGCCGCGUGUCCGCGCAGGCCGACGCGCUGCAGGACGCCGACGGAAAGCUCCUCCCGGCCCCUCAACUGAGGAGACAUCUCGCUACUUUGGUGGAAAGCUGUCACGAGCUGCUGGAGAGCGGCGGCGUGUCGGGCGCCGGCGCCGCCGCCGCCGCCUCGCUGCGGGCACACCUCGCCAGGUGCGAGCUUAGAGACGGACACGCCUACCUGCACGCGGACGAGAUCCCAAAGAAAGGCCGCUGGCUCCGAGGUCGGAGAAGCGUCUCAGAAGGUCCGACCACAGUCGCCGCAGUGCGCUCGUGGGGCGUCAAGGAAGUUCAGAACUGGCUAGAGUCACUCCAGCUCGGGGAAUAUGCUGACGCGUUUACGAAGCACGACGUGACGGGGCGAGAGCUCUUGUCCUUGGCCAGGAGGGACCUCCGGGACCUUGGAGUGACUAAGGUAGGUCACGUGAAGAGAAUCCUUCAGGCAGUCAAGGAGCUGCAGUGACAACGGCGCGGCCGCUCCGAGGGAGACGGCCACAGUUAAUCUAUGUAUCUUUUGUGAUCUCUGAUGCCUAACUUCCUAUUUGUGAUUUGAUAUUUAUUAAAAAAAAAGAUUUUCUAUUAAAUUACUAUUAAUUAGCUUUCACUACGCUUAAUAAAAUUAUUAUUUAUACAUAUGUAAACUGUACCCAUGUAAACACCACUUUUAUAAUUUACCUAAUGUGCUUUCCGAAAAUGAUAUUCCGUAAUGAACGAAUUUACAAUAAUCACUGUCAUGAAAAGUUUGUAAUAAAACUAUUAAAAAAUUAUUACAUAAAUAAUAUAGAUUUUUUUUAUAUUUAAUAAUUGUAUUAGGUACUUUGUCUAAUUUCAACGAAUUCUUCUACCUCUUCUAAACUGGGUUCCUGAAUUUAGUAUUAUCUAUGCUUUUAGAGUCACAGAGAUUACUAAUAAUAAAAUUCAACGAUAUUUAAAAUACAUUUCUUUUAUCGUUUAUGAUUAAUUACAACCUAUAUAUAAAAAUAUACAUGGAUACAUACUAUAUAAUAAAAUAUAUAUUGCGUUAAAAUUAUAUAUAUUAAGAUAUGCAUGAAUAUAUAUUUCGAAGGAUUCAUCUUUUAUUAUAUUUUAUAGCUCAAAUAAUAUAGAAAAAAAAUCAGGGAAAUAUGGCGAGUAUUAUGCUAGAGGUCGCAUCGGCCAGACUCUGUGGUACCUACCCUUAGUGGCUUCCACUUAUCUACCAUCACUAACAAGAAAUGAGCUGAAACUCCCACAUAUUGACGUGUGACGCUGCUAACAUACGAUUGCAUUAAAUUAUACACUAUUAAUUGAAAAAAAAAGACAAAAUAAAUAAAUUUUGUAUAGGUAUUUUAGCUCGAUUAAAACCCAGUUGAUUUCUAAAACUCGUGUUUUUAAUCAAGAGCCUCCGCGGUAACAUACAUUGUAAACAGCAACAAAUAAAUAGGAAACAGCUUAAACACAAAUAAUAGGGAACAGCUUCAACACAAAUAAAUAGGGAACAGCUUAAACACAAAUAAUAGGGAACAGCUUCAACACAAAUAAAUACGGAACAGCUUAAACACAAAUAAAUAGGGAACAGCUUAAAAACAAAUAAAUAGGAAACAGCUUAAACACAAAUAAAUAGGGAACAGCUUAAAAACAAAUAAAUAGGGAACAGCUUAAACGAAUUUAUUAGUAACUAUACCAGUCAAUAUUCUCAUAUUUUAUUAAAUUCUGUAUCUAUCGUUAACUAUUAAAUAUAUUAAUAAAUCAGACUUAUGAUGCUAUAUUAAUAUGUGCCGCUUUUAAAUCCUAUAAUAUAAUAAUAAAAUCAUACAAUUUUAGUAUAUAUUUUCAUUUAAAUUUUUGUAAAUAAAAAAAUUACUUGUACCAAUCGAAAAUCUCCCAAAAUUACCAAAUAAUUCCCAAAACUUUUUUUUUAUAGUAAAAGUCUAUUUAUGACGAUUUGUAGAAUAUGAAAUUAAAUUGGUAUUAAAAUGAUUUUUUGUCCUUGACAACCCACAUUCGUAAUAAUAUCGUUUGGACAUAGACGAACUAGCUGCCAAAUUGUGGUCAUAAUAAGCCGAAUAUGAUUUUUAAUAUAAUACUAUAUGUAUAAUCAUAACGAAUUUACAAUCCUAUCUAGUUUUAUUAAGAUAAUAUUUAUCGAUACACUAUAAUUUACAUACAGGCUUUUUUUUUGUAAUAUUAGAAGUCUUGUUUUCAAAGUUUCUUCUGUCAAUAUAACGUUUACAAAAAGAUCAAUAUGUAUAUAGAAUAGAAACAAUUUGCCUUUGGGUAAUUAGUCAAAUAGCAAUAUGAAAAUGUUGAUAACAAUGGGAUGGAAUAAAAUGGAAGAACACAAUUAAAAAAAGUAAAUAUUCAUUUUACAUUACGAAAUAAAAAUUGACAAAAAUUCAAAUAACUCAAACACCGAGACAAAAACUCUGCCAAGUCACUUCAAAUAUAACUUAAAUUAUCUCUUAAAUUAUUUAAUUAGUGGUAGAAAUUUGAAACACAAUAAGAAUAAACUCAUAAUAUGGUAGGCAUUAACGGUAAAUGAAUUUCCGUCAAGUAAAAUUGACAUGUAAGCGAACACUCUAUAGAAUAUUCAACUAAUGACCACUAACUACAUACUGCCACUAUUAAUUGACUUAAACAUUUUAAAUGCACAGAUAUAAUUGGACCGUUUAUUUUGAAAGUGGUGUAAGUCCAUUUUUAAGAAAAAUGAGCUAUCACGUAAUUCAUGUUUAAUUUAAUGUAAUUUUUUUAUAUUUAACUAGUCCGUGUUUAAUUUCUCAAAAAAAUCCCAUGUUUUGUACAACUUAAAAUCAGUCGGUAAAUGAAAUUGCAUAAUCAUCGAUUAUGAAAGUGGUGUAAGUCCAAUUGACAGAGGUAGGUGGCAUAGCCAGACCUCAUAUGAUUUGCCUGUAUUUUUAAAUCAACAAAAUAUAUAGUAACCUUUAAUUUUCUCGAAACAAAAGAAAAUGCACUUACACCACUUUCAAAAUAAACGGUCCAAUUAACGAUUAUGACAUUUCGCUCCUUCGGCUGUUGCUAUUAAAAAUAUAGACUACAUACGUAAACAAACAAUUCCAUACACUUCAUUACCGAGAACAAGCCUAUAUAGUUAGAACCAGUCUGUCUGUAAUCAGACGAUAGGCCAAAUGUAGCUUUGGUAUUAUUUUUUAAUUAAUGAAGUGCUCCUUCUAAGCGUUUAUUAUUCUCUUUCAAUUUUUUUCAGACGCUUAUUAUACCUAUUUAUUCUUAUUAUACCUAAAUAUUUUAACAUUAUCAAAAGGUAUAAACGAAACAUAUUCUUUUGAUUCUAUAGUAGAUGUAUAAAUUUCCUAUAUUAUAUAAGCACGCUAUUUAAUAAUAUUAAAUAUAAUUCAUGGAAUAUUUUAACUAUCAUGCUAUUUUCUAAUAAUACUUAUUAAAAACUGUGGUCGUGCUCCAUCGAACCCGUUCACUUUAGUAAUAAUGAUUGUUCGUUCAAUAUUCUAAAUGAUAUUAGGUAAGCGGUUUCACGUAAUGCGUGUAUGUGUGUGUGUUUGUAUUAAUGAUAGUCUAUUUACAAAAUGUGAUCUCUUGUUGUUUAUGUUACCUUUAGUAUUUCUAGAUUAAACUACGGCUGCGUUCGAUGGAAAUUAUAUAACUUUGACCACGUACUUAAAAAAUUAAAAAUAGUUAUAAAAUGAAACAGCAGAACGUUAUAAUUGAGAAAGUUAAUAACCUAACUUGGAACAGAUAAAUAAUAAAUUUAACGUUAUUAACAUUAAUAAUUUUAACCUCGUCCAACGCAGUCGGAUUCUCCUUGAUCUGCCUUAUAAAUGUUUUUUAUAAAUUUAUCUCUACGGAUUUACGACUCUUAAAUAAAUUAUAUUUGUGUAAAAGAUUAAUGCGUGUCUAUUUAUAUGUAUAUUUACAUUAGUAUAGAAAGGGAACGUGAUCGUAUGUCAAGGAACUAUCAAUGUUUCCGCCGUUUGGAUGCGGUAGUUUUAUGCCUUAGAUAAAGAACAUUCGAAAAUACUAAUAAUUAUGAUAAUAAUAUGACUUUAUAGUUUAAAAAUAUUGUCUUGUACUAAUCUUAUAAAGGUAGAUACCCUUCUAUUUAUAAAUUAGUAAUGCGGUCACCGAUACAAACAAAUGAUCGUCAUUAUAAAACAGAAAGACAAUGCACUAAAGGUGCAUUAUAUUAUUAUAAUACAUUCGUUGCAUUAAAACUGCAGUAUGACAUUAUAAGAUAAAAAAAAUUACUUGAGAAAUUUAUUUCUGGAACACUUUUCCGAAUUUCGCUUUUUCCUCCUUUUUUCGUAAAUGAUAAAUGUAAGAAUAGAAUGCGAACCAAAAUUUAAAGUAUGAAUAAUCUUUUCAAAGAUGAGCAAAAGUUUUAAGUGUGGUAGUAGGGUUAAUAAAAAAAAUAAAAUAAAAUGUAAAUUAUUGUUCAUGACGUCAACGAAUGUUUAUAGCAAUAACGAUGCUCUCACACGUACCCAAGCGUCCAUCUUUAAAAUCUUUAUUAGUAAAUAACCCAACAACUUUUUCCCGCUUUCACAGAACGUUUUCUUUCAAUUAGUUUCAAUUAGUUUCAAAAUUCUGUGGCAUAUAAACUAAUGGUCUAAAACAAAUAUAAACAUCGCUAUUAUGGUGUCUGUUCUAUUAAAAAAAAUCCCUUUAAAGAUAUCUAAUUAAAGAUUAUUAAAAAUUAUUUCGUAAUAAUAAUUAAUAAAUAAUUAAAUUUAUUAUAAAUUUAUUCAUUCUAAAGAUUUUAAAUAUCGUGUUUGAAAUUAAGAAAAUGUGAUUCUGUUUCAUACGGUUUUUCUCUUAUAAUCAUAUCAGUAUGUAAGUUUUCUUAUAUUUAAGCGCAUACGUAUUACUAAUUUGUUUAAUAAUAUGUCCUUUUCACGAUCUAU